AUGUCUAAGGAAUCAGUAAAGUCACUUGACGAUGUUCGUACUGAAGUCGAGCAGCAUAUUCGAAGUAUACUGGACUUUCCCAAAGAAGGAAUCAAUUUUAGGGACAUAAUGCCUCUUUUUGCUCAUCCAAAUACUGUUAAUGAUCUCUGCAAAGCAAUUGCUCAACAUAUACGGACGGAUGUCGGUGAAAUAAACGCUAUCGCCGCUCUCGAAGCACGAGGUUUCCUGUUUGGUCCUAUUGUUGCUAUUCUCCUGGGAGUGCCUUUCGUCCCCAUUCGGAAGAAAGGUAAAUUGCCUGGUGAAUGCCUACAGGCGUCGUAUGUGAAGGAAUAUGGUGAGGUAUGGAGCGCUUAA